GUAUAGUACGGUAAUCUGAAUUAGUUAUGCAGUCAGGUGAAUUUAACCUUCUAUCGCGUUUUGACAGCUACAUCGUGGUAUGUGGACUGGAUUGUACAUACCAAUCUAUAAACAAUCUUACCUUAAAAUUAUAGUUCAGUAUCCGGACACGGAUUUUAUGCGUACCUCCUUUCAGCUCCACAACAUCCUGGAACCUGUUACCUUUUGUAGGUGGACUCGUCCGUAUAUUUGCUGAGCGAAGUGGGCGUCAUUGCACCAGUGUGGGGACGAUACCUCCAGAGCGCGGCGGUCAAGUGUUAUAGUGCACCAUUCGCAACUAGAAGGUCGUCGUCUUCAGUUUACUGCAGUAUGUCUUGCCAAAGUGAUGGAAUGGAUGUGAACCAGCAGAAUCAAGUUGAACAAUUUGGUUUUAGUUCAAAGCUGAAAGUUUACAUUGUGAGUGAAGAUGAGGAAGAAGAUGAGACUGAAGUAGAGGACUAUGGGUCUAUCUUGGAAUGCUUCAGAGAUGUAAAGGAGCUGAAUAAGUUGUUGCCACAAAACAUCAAAGUGGUGUCCUUGCAGCAAGAGCGGAUGACAUGGAAGGUGUCUUCACAAGAAGUCUUAACACAAUGGCUUGAGGCUGUAACAAACAGGAAACUAUCAAACUUACUCACUGAAUUUGCAGUGGACAGGGGACUUGGGAAAAGGCUCAGUCUUCAAACUGGAUAUCGUCUUGACUUUGAGAUAUUCUUUGAAGCAAGGGACUUAAAAUACAAGGCGAAGAAACAUUUUCAAGAACUUAGAUCACCUCCAGGACAAGAAUCCAAAGGGGAGCCACCUUCAAGCCCUGCACUGUUGAAGCCGUUUACAACUCCGACAACAGGAACUCUUACACAUAAUGAGGUACUAGCAUACUGCCAUAUUAUUAUUCUAUCCUGCUCAAUAGGUUGCUGA